GCGGCGGCCCCCUCGGGUCAGCAUGCAGGAGCACAUGGCCAUCGACGUGAGCCCGGGCCCCAUCCAGCCCAUCCACCUCAUUUCCGACUACUUCCCGCACUUCUACCCCUUUGCCGAGCACGCCCUGCGUGCCCCGAACCUGCGCACCACAGCGGCCGCCAUCCGCUCUGCACCCCAGCCGCAGCCCGACCCAGAGCCAGAGGGGGACUCGGACGACAGCACUGCCCUGGGCACCCUGGAGUUCACGCUUCUUUUUGAUGCGGACAACAGUGCCCUACACUGCACGGCUCAUCGUGCCAAGGGCCUCAAGCCACCGGCCUCGGGCUCUGUGGACACCUAUGUCAAAGCCAAUCUGCUGCCCGGGGCCAGCAAGGCCAGCCAGCUACGGACACGCACUGUUCGGGGCACGAGGGGACCUGUCUGGGAGGAGACACUCACCUAUCAUGGCUUCACCCCCCAGGAUGCUGCAUGCAAGACCCUGCGCCUGUGUGUGUGCGAGGACCCACGGCUGCGGCGACGGCGGCGGGCGCCUCCCCUGGGGGAGCUGCGGGUGCCCCUGAGGAAGCUGGUGCCCAAUCGAGCCAGGAGCUUUGACAUCUGUCUGGAGAAGCGGAGGUUGACCAAGAGGCCCAAGGGCCUGGACACAGCCCGUGGCAUGUCGCUGUAUGAGGAGGAGGUAGAGGUGGCUGGUGAGGAACGCGGGCGCAUCCUGCUGUCGCUGUGCUACAGCUCUCAGCGGGGUGGCCUGCUGGUGGGUGUACUACGCUGCGCCCACCUGGCCCCCAUGGACACCAACGGCUACUCGGACCCCUUCGUCCGCCUUUUCCUGCAUCCAAACGUGGGGAAGAAAUCCAAACAUAAGACCAGCGUUCGGAAGAAGACCCUGAACCCUGAGUUCAACGAGGAAUUCUUCUACGCAGGCCCACGGGAGGAGCUGGCCCAGAAGACGCUGCUGGUGUCUGUGUGGGACUACGACCUGGGCACGGCCAACGACUUCAUUGGCGGGGUGCAGCUGGGCAGCCGCGCCAGUGGGGAGCGCCUACGGCACUGGCGGGAGUGCCUGGGCCACAGCGACUGCCGGCUGGAGCUGUGGCACCCGCUGGACGGUGAGCCCCUCCAGCUCAGCAACUAG